AUGUUCAAAUGCAACAGCGCCGGUCAAACAGCUGUUGAUCAUGCAGUACUAUCUGGUACUGUGUCACUUUCCGUUACGAUUUCUUAUCAUACUUAUCUACAUUCGAAUACAGCAGCAAGGUAUUAUCCGCCUGAAGGAACCUAUAACGGCUCGACGCUGAUGGCCCCUCUUCUAGCUUGUUACAGAUUGAACCCAUUGACUUCGGUGGCACCACGCAUCGACAAGUUGACGAAUGAGGCUCCUGGGUUAUGUGCUAGUACUUCGCACCUCUCUGUAUCCACCAAGGGAGCUAUCAUGGUAUCCGUUCAAGGAUGUAUGGUCCUGGCGCUGUUGCUGGAUGAUUAUCCCCACCACCGCGUGUGCUGCUCUCAGAUCAAAGACUGCACAAAUCAUGGGGCCCUGAUAUAA